UGUCUGAAUUAUUCUAUGCUAUCCAUCGAGCAUUUAUUUUAUUUUCACUCGGUGGGAGGGUGAACCCCAACAGCCCCAGCCCCCAAAAGGGGCGUUGUUCACGCGUACCACGAAGAGGACGGCAAACUACACCCUACACAACAACUAGCACAAGAUGGAAGAUGAAACCGGCACAGCGCCUGCUGCAGAGUCGAACCUAAAUCCUACUCCAGCUUCUACUGAAGCAGGACCGCUUGUUCAAGUGACGUUUCAAAAGGACCCGAACCGAAAAACUAAAUAUUUGGAAGCAGAACCCAAAGCGCUCGGGUGCACGCAGAUUUUACUUGCUGUUUUCCUGAUCAACUUUGGCCUUAUCAACUAUGGCCUUAUCAAUGAAGAACUGAGGAUAGCGGAAAUCGUAAAUGGAAUCUUUCCCAUUAUUGCUGGAAGUGUUGCCAUUGCUGCACAGAAUCUUAAACUGCCUAUUCUGAGGUCCUGUUUGGUACUCCAGGUGUUCUCCUGCAUAUCCUGUAGUAUCACCUUCCUCUUCACCAUCUCCGACUUUCUUUCGAGAAAAAUCUACGAUCACGGUUGCGCUUAUUUUGAAGAAGAAAAUAACGGAACUUACGUAGGCCUAUGCAGAAUGCUGGCGGGCGCCGAGGAACAUUAUAGUGCUGAAGCCAUUGUAGUUCUGGUCACACUCAUCGCCAUCUCUGCCACACUGGCGGCCUACUGCUGCAAAGUCAUCCAGUGCUGCUCGCCAGUCAGCCAUAUGCCUGUGAUCACUGUGAACGCACCUCCAGCCUCAGAGUGAGAGGAAAAAGAGGAGAAAAGAGCAAAGGAAAAGCCAGUUGCCAAGGAUACAUCGGUUUCUAGCCACUACAUUAUUUUAUAUUUGUUUUACUUAUUUUUUAUACUUCAUAGCCUACUUCUAUUCUUUCUUCAAAAGGGAAAAUAUAUUUUUGUAUACAAUGAACUGUAUUCCUGACUUUCUCUUAAGCACUGACUUCACUAAAGCGGCACUAUAUGAAUAAUUAGUGGAAAUAUUUACUACAAAUAUGAAAUACGUGUAAGACCCUUGUUUUACUAAUCUUAACAUUCAUUGUAUUAUGCAAACAUUUGGUAAUUCUUCCCUUUUUGUAUGGCUAAUCCAUGUAACCAUAUCAAAAUAUAUUUCAUGUUAUCAGGUAACUGAUCAAUAAAAUCAACUUUUUAACUUA